CUCCCCCCACCGACACUGAAUUCCGUGAGCGCCCUCGCGAGGCGUUCGCGCAGUGGCUCUUCUCUGCGCUCGUGCGACGCGAGAUGAACCCGGCGCUCAUCCCCCGCCCGGCUAAUGCGGCCGCCGCCUCCGCCGAGGCCCCCACAAAGCAGAAGCGACAUUUCAUUUCCGCGCCGGGAAUGGGGCCUCGGCUCUUUCGCUCCCGUGGCACCUGCAGAGGGACCCGCCGCCUUCUGGCCGUGUCCACGGUGUAAUCGAUUCAUCUGCACGAGACGGCUGCACGGAACCUUCGUAACACGUAACGCACUUGACUUUGCGUCACAAGAGAAGGAGGUAAUUGAUUUUUGUUUUCGCUGUUUUCCCAACGCGCCCGUCUGUGUCAAUGCAAAGUGAGUCACAGCAUCCUCCGUACAAUGAAGUCACCACCGGCUGCCGUCAUUUUUGCUCGUGGUCCGCAUUGCAAUUGCUAGACGGAGGCAAGCCGCUGGCAAUUUAAUUCGUGGUGUGAACAGAAUUGAAUGCUUUCAUUUCGUGGUGUAUUUGUGUCGGCAAAAGUGCAUCCAAUUUAUGUGUGGCAAUUUACGUCAGAACUUGCACAUUUAGUCAAAUCAUGUCAAUGUUAAUAAUCAGCUCAAACCAUCAAAGAAUAAUCAUUGAUAAUGAUGAUGAUGGUGCUAGUGAUGGAGAGGGACAAUUCAAGUUUCCAUAUUUGAAUAGUUUCCGUUACGACGACUGUGAAAUCUACGGUGGCGCGUCAAGCGUCUGAAAGGUUCUGCCACAAAAAAAAAACGAUGACUGGCCAAAAAAAAACCACGCAGUGCGCAGCGCCGGAUAAUCCCAGCGCUCGCUCCGCAUUCCCAUCGGUGACUGCUGCCGAGGUUGCUGCUGCUGCUGCUGCCACGGCGUUGGCGAACGCCUCGUCGGUCCCAACCGCACGACCCCAUCGCUCUUCACCGCCCUACCCAGCCACUCGCGCUGCCAGCUGCCGGCUGUCGUAGCUGCGCCCCCUCGCUCCGGGGGACGUCAAUGGGACCAGCGGCUCGGUCGCCAUGGUGAAGCGAUGCACGGCGAGACGCCGCUGCCGACAGCGCCGCGCGCGGGGAGAGGGGACGGGCUGCGGCGCGGUGAUGGUGCGGCACUGGCGGGGGUCGUCGCCGUGCGUGCCAAGCCCAGCCGAGCCUUGAAGCGGCAGUCGGCGGUGGCUGUGGCGUCGGUAGUUUGGGCGGCGGCCGGGAAGCAGCCAUGAGGAAGCACUCUGCCAGGGUGGCGCCCGUCGCUGCCGGCGCCACCACCCGUGGCACCGGUGACGAAUCCCCGACCGAGGCCCGCACGGAGCCGGAGGGAGGGGAGGGCGCGGGGACUCCGCGCUGCGACCGCUGCUGCACGCCCGAGGGCGCGCACCGCAGCGCGUGCGGCGUGGGGGCUCUGCUCGCCGUGGCCGCCUGCCUCGUCGGUGUGAGCCAACUGGCACGCCUCUCCUCGUCCCGCGUCUACGCGCCCUUCUUCCUCACCUGGUUCGCCACCGCCUGGAAUGUCGCCUUCUUCCCCAUCUACUACCUGGGCCACGUGGCCAGCGCCAGCGAGCGCCAGUCGCCGCUCAAGCUGCUACGGGAGUGCACGCGGCUGGUCGGAGAGGACGGGAUGACGGUGCGUCUCUUCCUCAAGCGGCUGGCACCCUUCUGCACUCUCUGGGUGCUCACGCAUUACCUGUACCUGCUGGCGCUGCGCAAGCUGCCGCCCAGCGACGCGUCGGCGCUCUUCUGCUGCAACAAGGCCUUCGUGUUCCUGCUGUCGUGGAUCGUGCUCAAGGACAAGUUCAUGGGCGUCCGGAUAGUGGCAGCGAUCCUGGCCAUCGCCGGCAUCGUGAUGAUGGUCUACGUGGACGGCUUCCACCACGACUCCAUCGUGGGGGUGGCUCUCGCUGUGGGCUCUGCCUCCACCUCUGCGCUCUACCAGGUCUUGUUCAAGAUGCUUCUGGGAAGCGCAAACUUCGGCGAGACCGCGCAUUUCCUCUCGUCGCUCGGCCUCUUCAACAUCCUCUUCGUGUCGGCCGUGCCGGUGGUGCUGUACUUCACGCGCGUCGAGUACUGGCCCUCUGCCUCCACGCUGCCCUGGGGCUGCAUCUGCGGCAUCGCGUGCCUCCUGCUUGCCUUCAACAUCCUGGUGAACUUUGGUGUGGCGGUCACCUACCCGACGUUCAUUUCCUUUGGAAUCCUGCUCAGCGUCCCGGGCAAUGCAGUGACGGACGCGCUCUGCACGGACGUGGACUUCGGCUCGCUGCGUCUCCCCGCGCUGCUGGUGAUCUGCGUCGCCUUCCUCCUGCUGCACCUGCCCGAGGACUGGGACGAGGUGGCGCUGCGGCUGCUGCAGCGCCUGCGCGAGAAGAAGCGCGAGGAAGGCGGCGCGGGGGACGAGCACCCCGAGCUGGGCAUGCUCUCGCGCAGCAAGAGCCGGGCCAUCGCGGCCUGCUGAACGCGGCGCUGUCGGCGGUGGCGGCGCCCGCAAACGCCCCGCUCCUUCCGACGUCCUCGGCUCAUCCCGCGCGCGCCGUAGCUCGGCUAUGCCGCCGUUGCCGCUGCCAGGGGCGUCGUAGACGCACGGCUGCGCGGCAGUGCCCUGGCGCGGUUGGCACCGGAUCCUGGCGCAAGAACCAACCCACCAACACCCACCCGUUCGAUUUCCCUCCCUUUUAGUAGCCCGGCACCUGGGUCCCUUGCGUCUGUUGUGUAGGGUCUGGCGUGCACCGCCCGCACAUUCGAAAGCUGCGCGACCGUAAUGUGCGUAAGUCAGCAGGUGGUGAGAAACCAGCCGAUCGCAGCAAGGUUACAAUGUGCGCAUCCAUCACGGUUCGCCGGGACGCACGGCUCAACUGCGACGCUUUGUCGCGAUGCCGUCGCUUAACAUCGCAACGGGACGAACUCCGUACGAAACGGAUCAGCUGCCUAAGCGGCAAUGGGGAACGUAUUUCAGUGGGACAGCAGCACGGCGCUGGGUAGGUGGUUUCAGCCGAAGCACAACAUCCUCCGCGUGCCACCUUUGUUUUAGCGUUUGCAUCUCCGUCCUAAAAUCACGGGGUCUUCAUCACUGCCAACCGAUAAGCAAUACGCGCAGAGGUGAGGCUGGGUAAAUACGUCAUUAUGAUACGACAAUAAUGACCGACUUACCCAGCAAAGCCACAUCGAGUUUGAAGACUUAGCAGGGUCCCGCAUUGAUUGGUCUAGACCAGUGAUGCAUGUUUUUAGCUUUGAAAGGGACCCGGAGAACCCUGAAGAAACCCAUUCAGAGCAGGGGGAGAACAUACAAAACUCCGCAGAGAGAACGCACGUUGCAAGCGUUCCAUUGAGCAGCCCCCCUCUCUGGAACCCCAAAGCUUUGCCACCGAGGGAGAGAAUUCACGCUCUUUGGCUUUCACCAUUUGGUUCCUCAGAGUCGACUGUGAUCGAAUCGUGCGCGGACGUAGGGCCACCCAGAGCGAAGGGCAAAAGGGGGCGAGACUUGCCCUGGGCUUCACGCAAAAAGAGGGCCCCACAAUCACGUGUGUGGAUGGUGGAAAAAGGGAGCUCCACGUGGCAUUCUGCCCGGGGUUUCCAGGAGCCUCUGGGAGGUCCUGCGCGGUAGGCAGAUCCACUGCUGGCUGGGUGGAGAGGAUCAGAAACGUCGACCUUAACCCAUCAACCCCUCCACCGGCAGAGAGAAGUUCUGGCGUUUUGAAGUUUGUCUUUAGAUCGUCUGAGCAGGGCACCUCAUCAAGAGGCUGCAAAGAGAGAAUUUAGUUCACUAUUCGUUUCCGAGGCCACCGAUUGAUCCGUGGGCAUCCGCAUUUCAAAAGUGUACAGUGUUUAAUGCAGUCGUAACGCAGCAGUGCAGUCUGUAUGCAACGCAUGAUUUACAGGCGCCUAAUAGCUGCUCAAUGUGUGUGUUUUUUUACGAGAAGCGUACCAGGUUUUAUUUUGACAGAUGCAGAGGGGGCGAUGUCGGGAAAGCACAUUUGGAGAUGGGAUUGUUUUGCCUCCUGCAGAAGAGAGAGAGAGCGCCAUUUCCUGAGCCCAGUUCGAUUUUGUUUUGUAAAUGACAGCAAAUAAUUUCUACACGGUUCUCUAACACAGCAGCAACAGCAUACUUCUCUUAUAGAGGACACGAACCGAAUUUGUAUAAACCUGUAUUUAAAUAAAUAAUUAUGAGAAAACCCAUAACUGUAUUGCAUUAAUGCAAGAUAUAUUGGGGAGGGGGUAUUUUAAUUACCUGGGCAAUGUACGAGUUUACAGUUGAAUUCUCAUCUCGGUUUUGAGCUGCAGGGAUAAGCAAUACAUAUGUAUACACACACCAUGUAAAAUACGCAACACAGCACUUUAUAAAUUAUAUAUAUCACUGCUUUUAGGGCUAGGAUGAAAACAGAUUUGAAAGCGAUGCUUCAUGAGUCACACGAUCAAUAUAUAUUUACUGCACGGGUAUCACGAGCAGGGGCCAUCUCCCGUGGCUGGGUGAGUCCUGCGGCAGAUGAACAAUCCCCUGGUUAGUGCCAUUUCGAAGCGAGUGUCGCGUCCAGCCUCUACAGACCUUCGGCCUCCGUGGUUACCAUUUUGCCGCCCAGCGGAUAAACUACAUUCACAGUGUAAUGAUGAAUAUGUAAAGAAUAUUUUUUUUAUUUUUGCCAAUAUUGUUAUUUCAAUUGUGCUAUCAAUUUCAUACCAUGAGACAAAGUGUCCAUUCGGAGCUCUCAUUGAGCAGAAUAUCUCCCCCCACACCCCAUAUUGGAAAACGGCCCACAGAAGUGGAUAUCACAGAACCACAGUAUUUUCGAGUUCCCUUCAAGUGGCCUAUUUUGCAUACUACGGGCACUGCUUUCUGAUGAGCCAUUCGAUAGACGAUAGGCAAUACGGACGUUUUAUGGUUUUUACAGCUGAGAUUUUGCCACACGAAGAGAAGAACCACAUUUAAUACGAUAGGUGUCUGUGCAGUCAUUAGCAAGACCAUCACAUUUUUAUAGAGAAACCAGUUUAGUCACAGGUGUACUCUUUGGUUUUUUCGGUAAAGUCACGUAGGUAAAAAAAAAAAUGAAGACUAAAUUAAACCACGACGUUUCGGGCGCAACACAAGCGUCCAAAACGUCGUGAUUUAAUUUAGUUUUCAUUUAUUUUGUUUAUUUUUUACCUAAGUGACUUUACCGAAAAAAAACAAAGAGUUAUGAAUCAUUGCAGUCACGAAAGCUUCAAAUCUAGAAUUAGUCACAGGCGGUUGAAAGCCACACUCAAGCCCAGGAAAUCAGUGUUGCUGGCUCAGUGCUCUAAACCCUGAGCCACCUCUUGUAUUGAUGUUUUUAGAGUUGAUUUGCCAACCCUGGUCUGAUGAAUGCAUGCCAUGUGACACUCCAGUGGAUAUGCACAAAAGUGACCGAAGGUGGAGUUUUUUUUUAAAUUCCACAUUGAGCGCUGUCGAUAGAACCUGAAAAUUAAUUACAUUGAAACCACCGUGUCACCGCCACAAUACGGCACACGAAGCACGCAGAAAUGUUUUACAACCGUGUAACGGAUCGCGCUGUGAUGCUGUCGUGGUGUAAUAGUCGGCACACUGCACUUGCAAUCCAGAGGUCGCCGAUUCGACCUCUGGAUUGCAAGUCAAUUCCCCGCCGUGGCAGUUGACACAAUGGGCAAGUUUCUUGAAUUCACCCGCCUCUGGCCAUCCAGCAGUAUGAAUCAGUACACGACAGGUGAUCAACAGGUCGCGCGUGUGGUGGGAUAAAGUGUGGGUACGUCCACCUCUGCCAAGACAUUCAACCAGCGUGGAAGAGCAGGCCAAAUAACCGUCGAGCGGUGAUCUCUGAGCCCCCCCUUCCAACGAAGGUAGAUCCACCUGCGUUGGCAUGAUCCAUACAUUGCAGGGAUGCACCUUUACUGCAAGUCCACUUUGCGAACUCAUCCGCAAAGUACCGUGCCAGCGCAAGUGGCGUGGGGAAAUCUCGCAGUGCCGCACUGGUGCAGAGCGAGCCGUUAAUCGUCGUGGCCCUGCCGCAAUGAUGCAGAGACAGCCAUUAAUCAUCGUGGCCCUAGAUUGGAUUUUAAGGACUUGGAAUCCUCCAUCGGGCAAACCGCUGACCACAAACAAAUGCAGCAAAACGAGGGUAAAAGCCCCACGUUUUUAACCAACAACAACGCUAAACGAUUAAAGUGCGUUUUUAUACGUAAUAUUGAUUUAUUUAAGUAUGUUACUUUUUAACUCCGUGUAACUCCAGGAGUCUGCAUAUGAGUUCACAAAUUGCAGGCAUGUGUUCCUAGAGAGCAUGAUUUAUAUGUAGGAUUUAGAGUUCAAUCAAAAGACUCUCACAGCGUUCCUGGCAAGACUGGUGCCAAGCUGUGCACAAGUAAUUGUAGCUUCCUAUACCCUCAUCUUCGGAAAGCAGACAAUGCAACACAGUUACCUUGAUACGUGCGUAUACGUGCGCGUGUGUGUGUCUUUGUACAAAUACACACACACAGUCAGGUGAUUGUAAUGUAUUGUGACGUGUAAACGGAUGCGACGGAGGGGUCCGGACAUCAUGAAAAAGAAAAUCCCCCGCAACUUUAAGGCAAAGGUUCAAAGAGUUCUGGCACUUUAACUCCGGAUAUAACACAACACACAGCAAGCCCGUGCACGUAAAGUAAAGCCACACCUAGGUGGCACACAGACUGACAUAUCCAGAACAGACACUCACACGGAUAGUAAUAAUUUAGAACAUUCGACCCAGUCUGAAAAUACAAGGCUUUACACGAAGGCGCUAUAUCACAGUCUGCAGUAGUUUCGGAGUAGGGGGCGAUGUCGCUAAUGUGUAAGGUUACAAGUACAUUUUCUAAUUUGGACUAUAACACCUACACAAUGGCCUACUUUUUUCAAAUGACGCCAUGGGAUCUUAAGCAUGCCCUGUGCAGCAGACGGCGUGUGUUUUACACGCAACAUGCCCGUAGUCAUAACCCGGGCACCCCGUCGGAUAUGAACCGCAAAUCUCGAGAACAAGCGGCGAAUGCGCUACCGUUGAGACACGUGACUGCCCCUGAACCCUCGCCUAAGACCACGAGCUGGUGAAGUCUUUGUUUUACGUGGGUGUGUGCGCGCGCAUUACCAGGUGGUCAAUGGAACAAAGUGGAUUCCACCUGACAAGUGGUGACACAUUCCACUGACGGCUCGAGUAAAAAAUAAGACCACGGUGUGUAAAAAGUUGCCGUUUGGGCAACACUAACAAUUACAGCAUGCGUGACAAACACGGCGCGCACCAACUGGGGAGAGGGGCUUUCUGCUUUGAUGUGUUGUGGUCAACUUGCCGACAAAAGAACUGUGUACUUGUGGCCGUGUGUGUGAGUGUGUUCAAGUAUGAAAACAUUGUUUUAACAGGGUAGUGCAAAUUUGUCAAUGUGUACAUGCGCGAGAUGUUGUCAAGCUGUGAUAAUUGUGUUAAAUGUGGCGAAAUGAUUGUAAUUAUGACCGUGUUGUUUUUUUGUAUAUUUGUGCGAGAUAAAUUGUGGCCCGAGUGGCUACCGACUGAUGACUGGCCAAAGCAAAACCUUCAUUCUUGAUUUGAAGCUUUCGUGACUGCAGGAAUCCAUACUCUUUGGUUCUUUCGGUAAAGUCACGUGGGUAGAAAAAUAAUAAUAGAUCACGACGUUUUGAUCGCCACACAAGCGAUCGUCCUCAGGUGGGAUAUCCGCAGGAACCAAAGAGUUAAAAACCCUGCAUGUCACGACACCCACGUUUCACCACAGGCAUUGCAACACUGAAAUGCACGUUCCAGUCUGCUGAACGUUAACUUGUGCUCAUACAAUGUUAGAUGUCAAAUUAAGUGUUUUCAAGUUCAUUCAUUAUUAAAGAAUGUGUAUAUAGUUUUUAAGUGUGUACAUUUCUUAAAUUAUAAUUUAUUAAUAAAGACUAUACCACAGUGA